AUGCUUCAGUAUAUGUCAAAGGCUUCUGCAAAAAAGGGCCUUUUUGAAAUAACCAGUACAACCUCAACGAGAAGUUUCAUUGUUGGAAGAUUAAAACCAUUUGCUCAGAAAAAGCCGGUGGAACCAGACAGAGAAAAGCGGGCGUUGAGAUCUAAAAGCAUUGUUGAAUUCGUCAGAAAUGCCAUAAAUAGUGAGGAGCCAAGUUUUAAAUUGGGCGCAAAGUCAAUAUAUUUUCCAGCUGCAACAAUUUGCUUAUUAAGACCAAAUGCAAAACACACACCCUAUCAGGCGAAGUUCAUAGUUCCAAAGUCAUUUAACAAGUUGGAUUUGCGGGAUUACCUUUGGAAUAUUUACCAUCUUCGGGUUUUAAACAUCACGUCAACGUUAUCGCCAGCAACAUUUACAAGAUCAUUACCAGCACCAUACAGAACACGGUUCAGAAGCCCACAAGUUAAGAAAAUGACUGUUGAUUUGAUAGAUCCAUUUGUGUGGCCGGCAGAGACAAAAGAUUUCAAGGAGGAAAAGGAGCUUGGGGAGGAGUUAGAGCAAUACAGGAGUGAAAAGGAAGCCCAUUUGAAGGGAUCUGAUAAGGAGAAACCUUCAACAGCAUUUGAUGGAAUUAUUGACCCUGAACCAAGGUCUAUGAAUUUCAUCUCGAAAAGAGUCAAAAAACAGCUGAGAAAUGUUAAAAGAAGGGACAUUUCCCACAGAAAAUUACUGGAUGCUGGAAAAUUCAUUGAACAGUAUAUUCCUUUACAGUGA